AUGAUUCGAACUCUCGCCUUCAAGCAGCAUAUCGAUCAGGCAGAGUACGACAAGCUCAGUAUCGAUGAUAAAAAGCUUUUCAAGGAGAUUCUCGCGAUUACUCAUCUUCAGUACAAUUUCCAUGAUCGGGUUGAGGAUCCGUUAGAAGCUCUAAAAGCUGAAUAUGAUAAGCUAAAAGGUGAGCUCGAACUCGGUAAUGAUAAUCUUUCAAUCAUUAAGCAACUUAAAUCGCUUAGUGUGGAUAUGUACAGCAAUCGAAUGAUUAAUGAUAAAGACUCAGCUGGUAGCUAUGGAGACAACGCUGAUCUCAACGUAGCCGAGCUAAAAGCUAUCAUGAAAAAUCUUAUCAUUCAUGACCGCCCACAGAAGACUCAGGCAGCUGUUUGGGCUACUGACCUUGAUAAGUCCAUAAGGAAGGUUGAUGCAUCGACUCAGACAGAAGGAGGAAGAGUAUGGGCUUACACAAGGGCUCUUAGUCAUUAUUUGCGCGGUGAAGCCCCUAACACUUUACCCACACCGUCCAUCGACCCAAAUGCACCUGACGUAGCUGUUAAUCCAUUAAAUCCGUCAAAUGACGGAGUUCCUGGCAGUCAUCCAACAGGCGGCGUUGGAGCAACCCUUGCUCAUGAUUCAACCCAUGCUAUUGUCAAAGACACACAAGAGCUUAAGUCUGCAGACACACAUAAGCUUCCGUCAUUCGAAUUAACUGCAGAUCAGUUAAAGUUUCUUGAACAAUAUGUUACAGUGGUUCUCUUUGCUAAAGAACAGAAGAAGUUGCCGGCGUUUGCUCAAUUAUUAGCCGAGCUUGAAACUUUUGAAGGGGAGAAAAAAGCGAUGCUUUUAGCCCGUGCUCAAAAGAUGAAUGAUCAUUUUUUAGCAAAUCAAGAAAGAAAAAGUAAGAUCACGGUCUCGUUUCCUUAUACUUUGUUCAAAUUGCUUGACGAGAAAAAUGUCUUCCAUGAAAUAGUGCUUGACGAUGCCAAAUUGAAAGUGUAG